AAUAAUUUAAUAUAUCAUGAUAUAAUUAAUCAGUUUAAUUCUUCGUUCUGGAAUGAAAACAAAUGGUUUUUUACACAUCAACAUCAAUGGAAACACCGAUUAGAUACUGGAAUUUUUUAUUCAACUGGUCCAUAUCGAAGAAAAUAUUAUAUGUAUUAUAUGGAAAUAGAUGAAAAACUUGGUUUACAUCAUCAAAGAGAAAAUUUCAAGUCAGUCAAACAUCUUUAUAUUGAACAUAAAAUAAAAUCAAAGUGUCGAAAUUAUUUUUCAAAUGUUAAUCGAUUAACUAUUGGAUAUGAUGUUGAAAUAUUAGAUGAUAAUUCAUUUAUAACAAAUCUUAAAUCUAUGAUUUCUUUAAAACAAUUUACAAAAUUAGUUAUUAACAUUCGUCGUUUUCCAUUCGAAGAAAUUAUUAAAUUAUUAUGUUUAACACCUAAUUUACACACAUUACAAUUCGAUGAAUAUUCUUUGGAAGAAAUAAAUUCAAAUUUCACUAAAUACAAUACACUUGUACAAGAUAUAUUAAAGAAAAAUAAAAUUGAAAAUUUAGUUCUUACUGGUAGAUGUUCAUUGAAUCAAAUUCGAUUCAUUAUUUAUGUAUUUUCGAAAUUAAAAUAUCUUGAAAUUGAUAUAAAUAGUACAAAAAUAUCAUCAAUAAUUCAAUAUUUAUUAUCAAAAACUCAUAAUCAAGCACAACAUUUAGUUUAUUUAUGCAUUUCAUGUAUUGGAGAAGUAUACUUAGAAGAAACAAAAGAUUUAAUUAAAUUAAAGAAUUUACUUGAUAAUUACUCUAUUGAAUACAUUAAUCACAGUUUACAUUUAUGGUGGUAA